ACUGAGGUAACUGGUAUCUCUAUCUUACAAACCAUACAUAAUCAUACUUCCCGGCGAAGAUUCUAAUACAUCAAUCUAAUAAAAAAAAUCCCAUCCUUCGACACUUCAAUACAAACAUUAACCAACAUGGCGCCCAUCUUCAAACUCCUUGCUCUCCUGAACCUCUCCCUAUACGUAGCAGCCCAAGGCACCCAAUUCAUCACUGGCGAGUGUGCCUCAGACGCCGAAUGCGCCUCCGCGUGCUGCGGCUUCACAUCCGGAAAAUGCGCUGCCCCAUUCGUAGCCAACGAACGAGGUGAAGGCUGUGGCUUCGGCGACGCACAACCAAACAACAAUGCUCUGAAUGGCGCAGGUGGAAACGCCAGUGCGGAUGCCGCUGCUCCUGCUCCUGCUCCUGCCGCCCCUCCUGCCGCCCCUCCUGCAGAGAGCAACACUGGAGCCGCAGCCCCAGCAGCAGCAGCAGCAGCAGGCACGCAAUUCAUCACUGGGGCGUGUACAUCAGAUGCUGAUUGUGCGUCGGCUUGCUGCGGGUUCAAGAGUGGGACUUGCGCGGGUCCGGUUGUUGCGCAGGAGAGAGAUGGAGGGUGUGGGUUUGGGGACGCGCAACCGAAUGACAAUGCGGCAAAGGCAUUGCAGGGAAGGAGGCUGGGAAGGAGAGGCGCGAAGUAUAUGUGAGAUGUUAGGGGAAAAUGGAUGGGUCAGUAAUGUGAUAAGAUAGAGACGAGUCUGAUGUCACUGGUGUCAUUAUGAAUAUAAUCAAUCACUGUUCA